CGUUGUAUUAUUUCUUUUCGCAUCGACGCCGGGUAAUAAAACGCGCACUGUUUACUUCUUCUCCGCCUCCCUCGGUCUCUCCAUCUCUGGAAAUCGAAGCUGCAGACGAAGUAGGGGGGAUAAGCGAGAGAGAUGAAGCUCUCCUUCUCCCUUUCCUCCAAACCCUCGUCCCGCGCCAACUCCUCCCGAGCCCCCGCCGCUGCCGAUGGCGAUGAGGGCCGCGAAUUUGUCACCGUCUUCGACCCCUCCCAAACCCUAGCAGCCGACGCCCGUUCCAGGCUCGUCAUCCCCCCAAUCCCCAACGCCGACUACCUCCUCCACCCUCCCAAGAAGGCCAAGUACAUGCCCCCCCUCCCCUCCUCCGCCGCCGACGCCGACGACCCCUCCGCCGCCGCCAAGUUCGUCCUCGACACCUCCGGCGAGGGCCCCGCCUCGCACAUCGCCUACGGCCUUACCCUCCGAUCCGGCUCCGCCGCCGAUCCCAAACCCUCGCCCGAUGACCGGGAGGAUUCCCAAUCGAAGAAGUCGGGGGCGGCCGCGGAGGACUCGAUCCUCAGGAGGUACAAGGAGGACAUGAAGACCCUUCCGGAAGAUCGGGGCUUCGACGAGUUCCGGGACGUUGCAGUGGAGGGCUUCGGCGCCGCGCUCCUCGCCGGGUACGGGUGGUCGGAGGGGAAGGGGAUUGGGCGGAACAACACCAAGGGCGACACCAACGUCGUCCAAUACGAUCGGCGGGCCGGCACCACCGGUUUGGGCUACAAUCCAUCCACUGCCGAUCCCAAGAAGAAGAGGGGAGAAUGGGUCUUCAAGAACGAUAACAAGGACAAGGACAGGGACAGGGAGUCGGAUAAAGUUAGGGCUUCUAAGGAUGAGAGGAGAGAACAGAAGAAGAGAAAGAAAGAUGUAAGCUUGGGCUGCAAAUCGAGCACUAGCAGUAAUAAGAGGGAGAAGGAGGAGGGCUCGGACCGAUGGCUCACGAGCCACAUUAAGGUUAGGGUUAUCAGCAAAGAAUUCAUGAGAGGGAAGCUGUACCUGAAGAAGGGGAGGAUUGUGGAUGUGGUGGGGCCCACGAUGUGCGAUAUCUCCAUGGAUGAGAGCAGGGAGUUGGUGCAAGGAGUGGAUCAGGAUAUGCUCGAGACCGCAAUUCCGAAGAGGGGAGGGUCAGUUCUGGUGCUCUAUGGAAAACAUAAAGGUGUUUAUGGGAGCCUCGUGGAGAGGAAUUUAGAGGAUGAGACCGGAGUAGUCAGGGAUGCGGAUAGUCAUGAUAUGUUUAAUGUGAGGCUCGAGCAGAUUGCCGAGUAUGUCGGCGAUCCAGCUUACCUUGGCUAUUGAUUGUUGGAGAAUGGUUGUUAUCUACUGAAGCUACUAUUCAAUUGAGCGCAGGUGGGGGAAUAUUAUUGCGCAGCUGCACAGAACAGAUCAUGCAUCGGCACAUUGCUAUCAAUGAGUUAAGCUUAUCGCUAUGCUGGUAAUCUAGUGCCCCUUUACACUGGUACAAUGGUCUGCAAACAUUACUGGCUAUGUGUCAGCAGCAGGAUAUAAGAUUAUUUGGUUAUUCCCGGUUGUCCGAUCAAUGAACUUGAGUACGUACUAGAGGAGAUUUUUAGUUGAAGAAGCGCAUCAUCAAUGAUCAUUGUAUUUUUACUGGUUUUCUACCUUUUGAUAUUUCCGAAUUCGAAAUUGGACAGGGAAUUUUGGCUGGUUAAAGCCAUGGUAUCCAUGAAAACUCUUGGGUAAAGUGUAUGGAAAGUUCCUGUACUAUCUUGAUCAUUGUAUUAUCUUAUAUUUGUUUGAUUUGAGAUUUGGAACUUGUGUAUGAUGAGUUACUUAACGCGUGCAUGUUUGGUUGA